GCUACUUUUAGGUACCAGCCUAGCGACAUUUGAAGAUCCGAGUUGGCAACGCUGAUGACCCACUGUGACGUGUAGUGGCCGGGUCGUCUCUUUAACUCAGUACUGUGGCACCAACCUCCUUUAUAUCAUCAUGUCAUCUCAGGUACACGAAUUCUCGGUUGAAAUGACUUGUGAAGGCUGUUCUGGUGCUGCAAAACGAGUACUCGACAAACUUGGUGAUAAAGUUUCAAAUGUGGAUAUUGAUCUUCCAAACAAGAAGGUAACUGUUACCAGUGUUCUGUCAGCAGAGGAGCUCACUGAGACAUUGAAGAAGACUGGCAAGGAAGUGACACUGAUUGGGUCAAAGAGUGCUUGAGGAGGGAUGUCCUGUCGAGUAGUAGGUGUUCGUGAUAAUCACCUGAUCAAAUCGUUAUUAGAUGGGAUUUCAUAUUUUUGUCAUUUGUAAGAAAAUUUCCUUCUUGUUUAAUUAAUGUGUUCACUGUACCAGUAAAAUAUGUGUCACCAAAAGUUCACUAAUGAGUAGUUAUUUGUUUAUAAUAAUGGCUGCUAGUGCUAAAAUUAUUAAUGUCAUCGGAUGUACAAUAUUCAUGUUCUCUGCUUUACAAGCUAUUUCAUAUGUUUUUUGAGUGUGAUCCAUGUACUGUAUAAGCUGAUAACCACAUAGGAAAAAAGAAAAGACAAAGUUCCCAAGUGUUUUAGUGCACUUCACAUCUUCAGGGGUGAGAAGUCUAUAGUUGCCCCUGAAGAUGUGAAUUAAAUGAAAGCGCUUAGGAACUUUUUCUUUUUUUCCUGUAUGUAUACUGUAUAUCUUGCAGUCUUGUUUCACCAGCAAGCAGAAGUUGUAACAUUUUUUUUUAUUACAGUACAUGUAUUUAUAUACAGUAUGUAUACAGUACCUGUACUGUAUCUACAGUAUCUUGGUAAUUUUCUUACUAAAUUCCAUUUAACCAAUUUUUUUUUGGUGUACUGUAUUUGUGUCUUUACCCACUAUAUCCCCUGAAAUACAGUACAGUACAGUAUAUGAUAGUAGCCAUUGAAUGCAUUCUUGUAGCUAAUUUUUCAUGAUUAUUAUUUAAAUCGGUUUAAUUUGUGCAACAUUACUGUAUUCCCAAUUGUGCAACAUGUUUUAGCUGUUGAAGAACAACUUAAAGAAAUAUUCCAAAAGAUAUUGUUUACAUGUAAACUCAUCAGAAUUUCUAAAUGUUACAUUACCUUCCAAAGGAAAUCAUUGGUGCCAUUACCUUCCAAAGGAAAUCAUGUGAAAAGUAGGCUACUAUGGUACAUGUACAGUAUAUUAAAAAAAAUGGUAGCAAGGAGCAACAUACAUACACAAGUCAGAACCUGCCUGUGGGAUUUAUGAUGAGAUCCCAAUGUGAAUACUCAAGUGCAGCUUCCUUAACGUACCGGGUAUGCAUAUUUGUACAAUAACUAAACUAGUAAAAUUUGGAGUGAAGGCACCACCCAGUCACUGUACAGCAGCAUGAAAUGGGUGAGGUGGCCCUGAUGGAAAAUUUUAGUCAUGUGUUCAGGUGGAUUAAUGUAAUGUGAAUUAGGAAAGAUCUUUGGAAAUGUAAUCUGGUUUAAUUUUUUGAGUGACUUCUUACAUAGAUUAUAAUAUGACAAUAACUUCGAAAGAAAUUGGGAACUCCUAGUAAAAGCAACAACCUUCUAUACGGUAGCUAAUUAAUAUACCUUCACAAUAUGAUAAGCCUCAAGGUUGCUUUCAUGAGAUGUUUGAAUAUGAAAAGGUGAGUAAUCAAGACAUUUUAUAAAACUGUUGUCUUACUGAUGUAGCUGGGUUUGCAUUUGAUUGGAACCUCUACAGUGAUGAAUAAUCUGGUUGUAAAGGUUUGGUUUGAGACCCAUAGAUGAAGGCUUUAUAUGUAUUUUAAGACGGAUUUAUAAUUUGUAUUGAAAACAUUUGUUUCCUUGUAAUGGUUUAUGAAAGCAUUGUAGUGUCAUUGUUAGCUGUAAUUUGGGCAUUCAUUAUUGUAGAACUUUUUUCAAAAAUCUCAACAUUAUUCAAAUUUAUAAUACAUUGAGAAAUUAAGCUUUAUAUUGAAUUUCACCCACAUCCUGCUGUACAUUAUAGCCCUUACUAAAGCAUUUAAUUCAUAAUGUCUAUGUUAAUCAAUUACCACAACAUUUUAAUAGACAGAUUUUUAAUGUUCUCUGAAAAAUUUUUGCCUUACCAAAUCAUUGUAUUAUAUUUUGUGGGUACAUCAUCAUAUGGUUAAGAUACACUUUCUUUGGUUAGCAUGACUUCAUAUUUAGCUGUUAAUGGAAUAGAGAAAAAGUUGAAAGGAGAUAAAUGUAAUAAAGUACUAUAGUGCUGGAACACAUACUCUCACUCUCUCCCUCUGUGCACUGUGCCUUACCUGCAUCACUUGUCAUUCUUAAACAAACACAAUUUUGCACAAAUAAAAGUAAAACAAAAAAUAA